AUGAACGCGUGGUCGCUACAGGGUGAUAGGGCAGGCGUGACCAAGUUGAUCCGUCAAAGACUCAACUUCGUAGACGAGAUACAGUGGAAGCGCUUCUCUGCCAGGAGACUCGAAUUGAUCGACCGGCUGGAACUCAGUUCCAAAAAGGCAAGUGAACAGGAUGCUGAGAUUAGUGGUUGUGCUCUCCAGUUACUGAGGGAGUUUGAAUACCCCGUUGAUAGGCUACCAGAGUUUGAUCGGUUGGUACGAUGCGCUGUGCAAAGUGCUCGGAGAAAUCGGAAGAGAUCCAAGAAGGCUCGGACUGACCGAUUUGUUCAUCUGGAAACUCCUGAGGUGACUGCCAGCUCUGCUGAGACGACGGCAGAUUCUGGGACUGAUACGAGGGUUCCAUCGCCAGCAAAGACCACAGCUCCAACAGCUGAGCCGGACGAAUUUGUGGACUUUGGGACUGAAGAUACGCGAGCGGAUAUCACGGAGACUGCGUCACGACUAGCAAUAAGCUCGUUGAUCACACCUGUGCUGAGCAUGGUGCGAACCAACAGUGACCACUUCCUCUCCAACAUAACCUCGCCCAGCAACACCAGCACUCGCGAGACCAAGGCUCUUGCAAAGUUACAAUCCUGCUUCAAACGGUCGAAAACGUGCUUCCAGCUCACGACUACGUCUGACGAGGCUACCAGGGGCGACGUGCUUGAAAAUCUUGGUAACUCCGCUAUCGCGUCUUCGGUUAUUCUCACAAUAGAACAGCAUUUCGACAAUGUAUCGCCCAGUUCAGCCAGUUAUAUCCGCCUGAAACUGUCCAGCGACUCCAUGCUGGCACAAAUAUUAAAAAGCCUUGGCGACGGCUCGUUUGAGGUGACUCAAUUGAACGACUACCUUGCAGCCGAGCUAUUCAAAAAACUUAUUGGUGGAUGUAUCAAGGAUUUCGGGUAUGAUUACGUUCUGACGCCGUUAGGUGAGAUUUUCAGAUGCACCAUCAUUCGCGAUUACCCUCUGGCAAUUCGUCCAAAUGCUCCAUCAGUCUCAGAUGAAAAGGAAAAUGCUACUGAUGCUACAGAUGCUGUCGCUGCAAACCAAACUUCGCAACCCACCUCCAAGACGGUGGAGUUGCGCUUCGCUAACAAAACUUUGCAAUUUUCUUAUUUGGCAAAGUCAAACUCGCCGCCUACACUUUUGGAACUAUUGGAAAACGCCAGGUCGCUAUUUUCCAUCGUUUCGCCAAAGUAUCUGCGAUUACGCAACAAGCGUUCUGGGAAAUUUAUUGAUACCGAUUUCGAGGUGGAGAGGUUAUUUGCAGACGAAGGGGCCGUUGAGAUUGAGAUUUUUCAAUUCUAG